AUUAUUUGAAAGUGAUUUUUGAUAUUCUUUUCAUCACUAAAAAAUUGCCUUUGUUUCUUACACAAUUUUACUUCCUCCCUCUAUAAAACCCCCAAACCCUCCUCUUCACCUUUCAUCUCACAACCUACCUACCCAGCUUAACUUAAAUUUGAGCUUCUUUCUUCUUUCUCCUCCUUUUCAUUCCCAAUUGUUAGAACAAAAUGAGACAUAGCAAUAGCAUUUUCAUGCUCUUUGUUCCUCUCUCUGCAUUUUGCAUAGCUGCAUGGGUGUGUAACGCACAAGUGUUGAAGAUGAACUUCUACGAAGAAAGUUGUCCUGAAGCCGAGCAGAUUGUGAACAACAUUAUAAAGAGCAGAAUCCCAUCUAAUCCUGCUUUACCUGCAAAGUUGCUGAGAAUGCAUUUCCAUGAUUGCUUUGUUAGGGGCUGCGACGCAUCUAUACUAUUAGAUGCAGUAAACAACACACAAGCAGAGAAGGAUGCAGUGCCAAAUCUAAGCUUAUCUGGUUUCGAUGUGAUUGAUGAUAUCAAGACCCAGAUUGAGCAAGUUUGUCCUAGUACUGUUUCUUGCGCUGAUAUUCUUGCCUUAGCUGCUCGCGAUUCUGUUUCUUUUUCGUUUAAUAGGCCAUUGUGGGAGGUGCCCACCGGAAGAAGAGAUGGCAGAAUCUCCCUCGCAUCAGACAUCCCUGGAAACAUUCCUUCCCCGUUCUCAGACUUCAACACUCUUUUACAAUUAUUCAACAGGAAAGGUCUUAAUCUUAAUGACCUCGUACUUUUAUCAGGGGAAUGGGGAAGAAGGAUCACCGAACUUUCAACUUGGGAUGGUGUUCUCACAAAUAACCAAGUGUGUAAGCCAAAUGUCAUUACUACCCUUCAAUCAAGAAAAUCUGAAAGAACCUUCACUUUUCCUUUUUCGCUCGUUUCUGUACACUCUCUCUCCUCUCCCAUUCUCCCUCCCAAUGUUCUUGCUCUAAACGUCGGUGAAAUGGGCGGACGGCACCGGAAGAAGCCCUGGUCACCCACCGGCUAUCGCCGACCACCGAUACGGUGCCAUGGCGCCCCUGAUUGGUGCUUUACCAUUGCCUGAAGGAUAGAUCUGGCGUUCUUAAUCAGAGAAACGAUGCCAUAUUUCCUUUCGUUUCGUAGCGCUGCGCUAGUCCACGGCGCCAACCGGUGUUCCUAGGUGCCAGUGGGGCGAUGGCCAUCACGACGUCUUCUGGAUUGUGCCAGUCGGCAUUUGACGAUGUCCGCGACUACGUUCAGGUGUCUACACGCUUUCUUUUCUUUUAGUUGAUUCUUUCAAAUUUAUUUUAUGUGUCUUUGAAAUUGAUAGUUGAUACGAUUCUUAUUGUGGUGUUUGUGUUCUAAGAAACUGCGUUUGUUUUU